AUGCCCUGGUACAGCCAAACAGCCGAUUUCCUGUCCGAUUCCUUUGCGAAUAAUCGAGCCCAGAUCCCCCUCCUGGCCGCAACUGGUGCAGCAUCGUUUACUAUAGGCUUUCUUCUUCGCUCGAUUGGCUCAGACUCACACGCUGAAGGAAAGAUCCUUCCCUCCCCGCGGACAACUGUUUUGCCCGGUCUUUCAGAUGGUGAGAUUCGUGCUCUUCCGUUGCCGGCCGAUGUGCUUCCUGGGGCCCGUGAUGUGUCGACCCCAUAUGGUUCAAUCAGGGUCUACGAAUGGGGCCCUGAAAAUGGACCAAAAGUGCUUUUUGUCCAUGGCAUUACUACUCCAUGUAUCGCAUUGGGUGGUGUAGCACACGCUCUAGCCGACCGGGGUUGUCGUGUCAUGUUGUUUGAUCUGUUUGGGCGAGGUUAUUCCGAUUGUCCGUCAGACCUUCCUCAGGAUGACCGACUAUUCUCGACGCAGAUCUCUCUUGCAUUGAACUCUUCCCCGAUUUCAUGGACCGGUACCGGGUCUGGUAAAUUCUGCCUCGUUGGCUAUUCUCUUGGAGGCGGUAUCGCUGCAUCCUUUGCGUCGUUCUUCCCUCAACUUCUUUCGUCCUUGGUAUUACUGGCUCCCUCUGGUUUAAUCAGAGACUCUCAGAUCAGUUUCCAGUCACGUCUCUUGUACUCCCGUGGACUGGUACCUGAGAAGGUUCUGGGUUUCCUUGUCGGCCGUCGGCUUCGCGCAGGUCCAUUGGUUACCCCGAAGCCCAAGAGUAAUGAGAAGAUUGAUGCUGGUGCCGCACUCACGGAAGAACUUCCCUCGACAGGCGCUGCUGGUACUCAAAUACUUUCCCGAGCAUACCCCCAUGUUGCUGUUCCCACGGCCGUCUAUUGGCAAGUUAAUAACCAUGCUGGCUUCGUUCAUGCCUUCAUGUCUAGCAUGCGGUUUGGACCAAUUCUACGUCAGCGACAAUGGGAUACAUGGGCACGCUUGGGCCAGUUUCUAACAGCGCAGCGGAGUCGCUCCCCCCAAGAACAAAGCGAGCACGGCCUUACGGGCGACAAGGUGCAGAUUCUAUGCGGCAUUGAGGAUUCAAUUAUUGUUAAGGAGGAGCUUGCACCGGAUGCAACCGAUGCUCUCGAAGGGAAUGUUGAGUUUAAAUACUUCAACGCUGGACAUGAGUUCCCCAGUACCCAAUAUGAUGAACUAGCACAACACAUUUGGGACUUAUUGAAUUGA